AUGUUUUAUGUUCCCAGGAACACCACUGGAGAAUAUCUGAACCUGGAUAGAACUGUGACAAGCUGGGUGACAGUAAGCACACCACAGAAUGGAAUCGACUGGGUGAUCUUUCUACAAGAAAUCCAGAAGACUUACACGAUCACAAAGAUUCUGGAAUAUAUUGUUACCCUGGUGGGGCUGGCAGGAAAUGCAGUUGUGUUCCGGCUCCUGAGCUUCCAUAUUAAGAGGAAUGCUUUCUCCGUCUACAUCCUCAACUUGGCAGCAGCCGAUUUUGUCUUUCUCUUCAUCUGGAUGACAUUGUCCAUUAGAUCACUCUCCACAGAAUUAGAGUUGUAUAAUGAACACACUCUUCUAUUUUUGAACUUAAAUAUCUUUCCCUAUAUUGCAAGCCUGAGCAUAAUUACUGCCAUUAGCAUUGAACGCUGUCUGUCUGUCCUGCAUCCCAUCUGGUACUAUAGCCAUCGCCCAAAAUACUUAUCUGCUGUUGUGUGUGCCCUGCUUUGGGCCCUGUCCCUGCUCCUAAGUAUCCUAAGUUUGGAAUUCUCUGGCUUCCUGAGUGGAAAACGUGAUGAAUAUUUGUCUCAGCUAACUGAUCUAAGCAUUGCCACGUGGCUGAUUUUCUCCUUUGUGCUUCUAUUUGUAUCCAGCCUGGUGUUGCUGACCAGAUUGCUCUGUGGCUCCCGGAAGAGGAAGCCGACUAGGCUGUAUGUGAUCAUUGGGCUCACAGUGCUGGUCUUUCUCAUAUGUGGCCUACCUUGGGGCAUCUGCUGGUUCCUUCUAAACUGGAUGCCAAUAUGGAAUAAUAUACACAUCUUUAGAUUUCAUCUCGUGACAGAGGUACUAUCCUGUGUCAAUAGCUGUGCCAAUCCCAUCAUUUACUUCUUUGUUGGCUCCUACAGAAAGCAGAAAAUACAGCUUAGAAGGAGCCUCAAAGUAAUUCUGCAGAGGGCUUUGCAGGACAUUCCUGGGGAAAAUGGAAGUGAUGGCCAUCCUCCUCAGAAGACUCUGGAAAUGUCAGGAAGAAGCAAUGAUUCCCAUCUCAGAGUCAUUCUGUAG